AUGCCACACCACCGCAUGCCGUCGUUCACCUCACCACCACACCACACCACUACUGACCUCUUCCCCCAUCCGCCCCUCCCACCCUGCCAGUACGUGCCUUCUUCCUUCCUGCCCCCUUGCCCACGGGCGUCUCAGGCAGCAGGAGGAGUGAGCACGGCAUCUCUUCGCACGCCUGGCAGCACCACCGGCUCCAUGGCUGUGGCGGUGCGUCUGCGCUUGCGUGGUGCUACCACCACCACCCUCUCCUCCUCCUCCUCCUCCUCCUCCUCCUCCUCCUCCUCCUCCUCCUCCUCCUCCUCCUCCUCCUCCUCCUCCUCCUCCUCCUCCUCCUCCUCCUCCUCCUCCUCCUCCUCCUCUCCCUCCUCUAUUUCCUCCUCCUCCUCUUUCUCCUCUUCCUCUGCUUUCUCGUCCUCUGUCCACGCACCAAGCCCACGACCCAUCGCCCUGUCUUGCCAUCUCCCUGCAUCCAUAUCUCUGCCCUUGCCUCCGUCCAUACUUCUCUUACUCGCAUUCCCCAAAGCACCUCCUCCUCCUCUGCCUCCUUCUCCUGCUGCUUCAGCAGAAAACGCAUCCCCAUCCUCGCUACAAGCAGCUCCACUGCUUGCCUUUGUUCCACUCGCCUCGUCUUGGCCUCUUCGAGCACCUCCCAGCCCCUCCAGUCCCUCCUCUCCCUCCGUCCCCUCUUCACCCUCCUCUGGGGGCUCCUCAGCCAGCUGA